UUUGUCGUACUCUGACAUAAGCUUACUUCCUGUGCAAGCAACGCGACCGAAAAUAUUCCCUGAUGCUAUUUAGGUUACUAUAAAUGCUUUAAAUAAGAAUUAAGACAUGGCUGCGAAGGAUUAUGACCAUUUAUUCAAGCUCCUAAUCAUUGGGGAUAGCGGUAAGCAUUACUUUUACUGUGACCUUAGACUGAACCGGGGAGAUUUGUGCUGCGACAGUUUUCGGGUGUUGAAAAAUUACUUAUCUUCUUGACUCACAUAAAAGGUUUGCGAAGCUCUGAUCAAGCUUCUUUUGAAUGCUUAAGACGCACAGCAAGGGCUUCUCUUUUUCUGUGCGUCGCUGAGAAUGUUAACACGACUGCCGGCUUGCGAUCGAUUAGCCAGGACAGUGUAAACAAACGUUCAUGUGUCUGAUCUGUUCGGCCGCACAUCGUACAGUAACUUAACGUGAAAAUAAUCGAUUUAUCGCAGUUGCUCCUCAAACAAUCUUGGGCUUCAUACCACUAAAAAUUCUCCUGUUUGUUUUCAGGCCUAGUUCACACUGUCCUGGUUUUUAAAAGGACCCUUGCCAAUUUUUAUUUUUGAGUCCUCUAAUAAGCUCAAUUAAUUAGAAAUGUUUUGUCGGCAAAUAUUCAAGCUGUUGUACGAUGACCCUAACGUUUUUCUUAAAAGCAAAUUAGUUUUAUGACCAUUAUUAUCCACUUCAUUUGGCCAUUGAGCUCCUAAGAGUAUUCAAAAUCACGAUUCACAAGAAAAUACAACUUUUUUUGAUCAGGAGAAAUAAAUAAGCUUACACCACCAUGCAAAGGGGUUUCAUUAAUUUGAUUGGUCACACUGGAUGACCUGUCCACAGACUUAAGCUUUCAAAAAAAAAGUAAAAAAAAUAAAAAUGCACUUUGAGUGUCAAGGUAUUUAGCACAAAAGUACUAAUUGGGGACAUUAAUUUUAGUCUCCAACUGGAGACGGGUCCGCCAUUUUUACUUGGUCAUCCGAACCAUGUGAAGGUCAAGCCACUUGCAGUGCAAAGGGAGUACCUUCAUUUCUCAGUUAUUUAAAGACCCUCAGUGUUGGUCUGGCCCUAGGAAUCAAACCUGCGACCUCCCGCUCUACAAUCAAGGGCUCUACUGACUGAACCAAUCCUGCCGCUGUUAAAACAACAUAACAUGUUAAUGUACACAUCUCUGUGAAGGCUACAUUUAAGUGCUUAUUUUAAGGUGUUUUGAUACAGUUUUUUCGAAGGUCAUACUGAUAAUUUUCAAUUUCUUUAAAAAUGAUUUUAUCGCACCAUACAUACCUCCAUUGAUUCAGUGAAAGUAUUGACAAUGCUUUACAUCAAAAGAUACAAUAAAAUUCAUGGAGUCACGGAGGUAUAAAUAGUGAGCAUUAAUUUGGAAAACUUAGCAUAGUGUCAAAACAGUGAAUUAUUGUAACAAGGAUUUUCGGUUGGUUCGUAGGCUUGGCUCAUCUUGAAAUUUCAAGGUAUUGUGGUUUUUAUCUCAGGUUCCUUUGUUUUUGGGUAUGGUAAUGUAUGCUAAUGAAGUUGAAACAAAGGAAAAAUAAAAAUUACCUGAGAUAAAAAAUUAACUACAACUUAUACAUCGUGAAGAUUAUGUGACAAGGUUUGAAAAGAAUUCUUUCAAGCUAUUCCAGAGAUAUAAAGAAAAUUGCUAAAAGUCAAAUUUCAAGUAAAGUCGCACUUAGAUAGGUGGUUAGAAAACAGGUUAGUUUUUAGGAGUACAAGACACAAAAUACACCAAACUUUCCAAGCAGUGAAAAGUGAUAUUAGGCAGCAUUCUGAUGCUACUUGACAUUAAUUUGAGUUUUGUGGAAAUAUCAGGUUCAAAGUAUAUUUAGGUUUCAUUUUAAUUCAAACAUACAGAAUUUUUUGUUUUUCGUGGAGGUUAUAUGCUAAACACCACACUUAAAGUUCCUAGUGUUGAAUUUUCAGUAGCAGGUGUAGAUCGCGCAAAAUUUGGCUUUUAUUGAUUUCGAUUUUUUUGUUUCUUGUUGUCAUAGUGAUAUCGACUUUACUAAAAACUGUAUGUUGACAAACUUCAAUUCAUAGUUAGUCACUGGUGAAAAUUUUAUGGCGAUCGGACAAGGAUAAAAUCACUCUUAAAGCGACCGAAGAAUGUCGGUAUGACCUCCAAAAAACUGUAUCAAAACAUCUUAAGUAGCCACAUAACACAAAAUGUUCCAUUUUGUUUACUGGUGUUUUUGUUUAACUUAACUUUUGUUAGCUUUAUUGUAGUCAGUUAGACAGGGGCCAGCCUCACUUUGCAUGGGGUGAACCAAACUGCAAUUUGGGUUUGACCUGAAUAAUUAUAUGAGUUUUCAAGUUGCCAGCUAUAUGCAAUAUACAAUAUGUCAUUUCCAAGUUCCAAAAACUCUCACUCUCAAAACGAGGCUCAAAGAAAUCAUUUCCAUUGCAAUAGCUUCCCACUUGGCCUCAAUUUGAAACAGAGGCUUGGGGCAACUCAAAAAUGGCCUAUUAGCAAUUGGGAAAUGGAACUGGUGGGAAAUUUUUUUGUCUCUAUUUUCCUUUUGUUACCCUGUCUCUGGCCUUUACUGACAGCCCUGCUGAAUGUAUUAAUAGUACAGGACCUUGAGACUAGAGUUCACUUAUAAUUUUUGAUAGAUAACAUUUUUUUGCUAACAAUGAUUUUAUUUUUCUUUUAAGGUGUGGGAAAGAGCAGUUUGCUUCUUAGAUUUGCAGAUAAUAUGUUCUCAGGUACAGUGUUUGUAAGAGAAUUACUAGAUAGGCAAUAGAACCAGGCCUGUUUUUCAUGUCCUGUAAAUUACCUUGUAAAUCACCUUGAGUGGCUGUCUCCAGUAAAAACUUGAUUUGUAUGACGCAAGUCCUUUGCUAGCCUGAGUAAACAGAUGACAUUUUGCAAUGCCACCACUUGUUUUUCCGGAAAAUGACAUCUGAGAACGACAGCAGACAUUCCAUACUGAUGACGUGUCACUUCCUAGAUCUGGGUAGUCUCGCGUCAUCAGUAUGAAAUUUCUGUUCUCACUUCUCACACAUUCAUUUCACAGAGAAACCGGAAACUACCCACCUGCCCCUCCCCUAAGCCAACAUUUUGCCCUAAGUGAGAAGUAGGUGUUAAUGUUGGCUUAGGGGAGGGGUAGGUGGGCAGUUUCCCAGAAACGUAUAAUAAUCCAGGAAACCAGUAAUGGUGUUGCAAAAUGUCAGCUGUUUUCUCAGGCUAAUCUGGCAUUGUCCCCAGAUUUUUUGCCAAUUGGCACAUCUAGUCCAGGUUAAUAUUGAUCUCAAAGGAAAAAAACUUCUGGGUACCUUUUGUGAUAUAUUUAUAUGUUAUUAAUUUGUAGGAAAUUACAUUACGACCAUUGGGGUGGAUUUUAAGAUAAGAAAGAUAAAUGUGGAUGGUGAGAUGGUUAAAUUACAAAUCUGGGAUACAGCAGGCCAAGAAAGAUUUCGUACAAUAACAUCAACGUAAGUUUGACUUAACAGUAGACAAAGACAUUUUUAGGAACUUGUUGUAAGGAAGUUAAGUAAUGGUGGCACUUGUUGAGCAAAUUUCUGACAAUGAAAUAAUGUUGUGGUCACAGUGUGAAGUUUGAUAAUAAUAAUAUUACUGUCUUAUUUUACACUUGAAUGAUAAUUAUUAUUCAAGCGUAAAAUAAGUAAUAGAAAUACUGUCCCUUCAAUUAAUAGUAGUAACUAAUGAUGACCAAAGGUUUGUGAGUGCAAGUGAGUGACAGGAGGUCCAAACACACAUCAUCAGAUUUUAUUCUAUUAUUCUACAGUAUUCCUUUCUAGUGGAAGUCAAAACAAAUGAGCAUCUGUAAUAGCACAAACUUUCUUACUUUUAGUAACCCAAUAAGCUUGAACAAAACAUUCAGCUGUAAGCUGAUUCUGAGUUUAAAGAUUUCUCGACGCAAGGUUUUUAUCAUAAAGGAGGACAAUUCCAGUGUCAAGCUUUGCUGGAAAAUGUAUUGGUCACAGGAUGUGUUAUCUCCAGUGGGUUACAGUCAGACAAAAGAUGUAUUUAUUAUGUACAGUACAUACUGAGAAAUACUCACCAAAAAGCUAUGUCAUAAAUUUGCAUAUGCAAAUGUGUUCGAGCCAAUCAGGGGAGCAAAGAUGGUUUUCACAUAUGAAAAAAAAAAGAUACGUCCAAUGAGAAUCGCAACGAUGUUUUUUUCACUGGUGAGAAAAAUGAUACGUCCAAUCAGAAGCCACAGAGGUGUGUGAGUUUAGUGCCAAAAUUCCUGCCAUUUAUAGGCGCUUGCAGCUUCGCAGACAUGCAAUGAGAAAAGUUUUUUUCAAAGAGUUUUUCUUCUAAAAAAAGUGAAAAGCAUCCUGGAAAUUUGAGUGGAAUAGUUUUGUUUGUUUCGUUGUCGAUGAAGAAAACUGUAGAGAGUUGGGAAAACAAAAGGAAGGGGAAAAACUGAACGAGACAUAAGCUUAAGUUGUGCUAAGUUGGAGCUUUGUCGGCUACUUAUAUUCAAACCAGCCAUUUUACUUAAAUUCAUUCAUUUUCAAUUGUGCAUUGAGAACAAACAGUUAAGAUUACUUGUAGUUCUUAGAUUGCCUCAUAUCCUUACCCUCACUAUAUUUUUAAACGUUUUUACUAAUAGGCUGAUACUUCAAUUUCAUUGUCAUUUGGUGGUGUGUAGUGGCAAAUUUUAGCAUUUUGGAAAGAUUUGAGAUAAAAAGGCCGCCAAAAUUAUAACUGUCUCAGUAUGUAUAUAAUAAACAUAAUACCACAUGGAAAGUGCUUUGUAUGGUAUUUGCACACUCGUUUUUGUAUCAGAAAUCUCUCUCGAUUGCUGCGAUCAUUCAUCUGGUUUCUUAUGUCAACAACUCGUGCAUAAAUACUGUACGCCCACACUCUCCAUGAAGUAUUCUCUAUGAGCAUACUUGUAGCAUAGUGGCUCAAGUGCAAUGCUUCUGCAGUUGUAUAGUUCAAAAUGAAAUUCAGGUGAAAGAGGUUUCCGGUAAAAAUUGAUUUCCUUUGUGUCCUAGCCUUAAUUUUUCAUGGUUAAGAGUUAUUGGGUUUGGCUGACAAAGGAACUGAAACUCAAACUGUCAUUGUCAUCUGAAUUUCAUUUUGGACUACAACACUUCAUUAUGGAGUGGUCCUAGCCAAGUUUAUUGCUUUUGCCACCGAAACCUCUCUCUGACACACAUACAUGUACAUGUACACUGUAGCAGUUUACAAAAGCAAAUUUUUGACUAUAUAUUAUACUUGUUACAUCUUACUAAAUGAGGAGAUGCCUAGAAUCAAGUACUGACCUCCAAUGAACUACCAAAUUUUCCCUCCAAUUUUCGUGACACAUGCUUACAUUGUAAAAGGAGAAUUCUGAUAUAAUUUAGAUUAGUUGUCACUUAGGGCCUCAUUCCAUGUUCAGUAUCCAUUCAAAUAAUAAUAGAAAAGUAUGAUUUUUUUUUUGUCAGGUAUUACCGUGGGACACAUGGCGUUAUUGUAGUAUAUGAUGUGACGAGUGCGGACACAUUUGUGAACGUGAAAAGAUGGUUACAUGAAAUUGAUCAAAAUUGUGAUGAGGUAGUAAGAAUUUUGGGUAAGUAGAUAUUUGAGGCAAUAAUAUUGCUUAACUAACAAUCUACAUGUACUGUUUUACAAGUUGAAGGCUUUCAAUCAAUCAGUCAAUCAAUCAAUCAAUCAAUUGUAUUUAACCAUGUAACACCUAGGAGCUCACAUGUUCUUGUUAAGGCAUUUACGUGUAUAAUAAAGUAAAUGUGACAGAAUAAAAGCUUUCAUAACAAUUUCCAUAAACAAUAUUCAUUAUACUAAGAUGGAAAGUGUGUGUGUAAUCAAAUGGCGAUGGGUACCCAGUGACUGAAUCUUUCCAAACAAGUCAUAAAUGUCUAAAUGGAUUUCUCUAUGCUUUAGUAAUCUGUUUUGUUAAUUUGGAACUGCGCUAAAAAUUAUUUAUCUGUUCGAAUGUUUUAGGGGAACUUUGGCCAUCUUGAAAGUUUAAGCUACCCCGAUGUUUCUUGCCGAAACUGUGAGGACAAGGAGUCACCAUAUUUCCAUUAGAAAAUAUUAGGAGACGAUUUUCCUUUAUAUCGAAAUUUUUAGGUGACCUUUUUUGUAUCAAUAAUUGCCAGUUGUUGGGUAUAAAAUGUGAAAAAUCCAACUCCGAAAAUCUUAGGGAAGCUAAUCGAAAAAAUUCCAAAUAUCUUAGAUGAAUGGAAAGGUUAUCCAGAAAUGUUUAGCUUUACUUUUAGUAUAGCAAUUUCUAGGCUAUAUUUGCUCCUUCAAACAGAUAUUUUACAGAAACUGUCGUUGGGUGCCCCUGGAAUAAUUUCACGUGCAUUUUGUCCAAAUUUUAAUACUUUCCAGAGUCGAGCUUGUCCAGUCAUUUGUCAGUCAUUUUCUGUCACUCACCACCCAUUACCAUAUCAUUUAGAGCGCCGUGGCAUCCAUCUCAGAAAGAGGUGAUUGUAUAAAAUUAACACUCCCAUGGCACAGUCAAUUGUACAUUGACUGUAUAUGAAGGUGAUUGUCCGUAACCUUAAAGAAACCUUUAAAUUGUACAUUUUUAGGUUUUGUAAAGGCAGAGCUGUUUACCUAUAUGUAGAGAUCAGAGCUCUGCCAAUGAUGAUGAUAAUGUUAUUACUGUUAGUUACCAUUAGGGAAUGUUGCCUAUUGAAAAAGUGUUGGCCAUGAAUAUUUAUGCGCACAUGAAAUGAUGCCGACCCAUGUUGUGUCCUUUGACUCUCUGAGUGAAGUGUUAGCUUCUUGUUUCGAUGAUAGAGACUGAUACUUUGAAGUAAUUUCGCAUACUGACAAAAACAAUUAUUGUUUUUGUCAGUAUGCAAAUUAUCUAUCCUUUCCAUCACACUGAACUAUCCUUACUUUUGUCCGAUAUGCUUUGUUUCAUUUUAUACAAUUUUUAUGAAAGCAUAAUUCUUUCAUGUGAAUUUUUGCUUUCAGAAGGAAAAAACUUGAAAGAAACUUUGCGUUUUCAACCACGGCGAUAUGUAUCUAUUUCACUUCACUUACACUUAUAUGCAAAUUACCCUUCAUUGGUGAAUUUCGCUGGAGACAAAAAUGUCACCUUUGAUUUCUCAGAUGCUUGCCUUUUUGGACACUCUGUUUAUUUUGAGAUUUUUUAAGCUUCACUUCAGACUUUUUAUUCCAACUUUUUAAUGCAGGAAAGAUGUGAGAAAUGCUGCAAUUGAAUAAAGUCACGCAUCGUGCUUUAAGACAGCAUAACUUGAUCUUUCUGGUAUCUUUUGUUCUUCUGUUGUCUCCAAAACAAUCGAAAUGUCUCACCAGUUUCCACCUACAAUUAAUAGGAGGCAUUUGAUUGGCACAAAAAUUUGCAUUUAACAUUGACAAUUUUCAAUAAGCGCAGUUCUGUAAUGCAUUGAUGAUAAUAUUACAGUCAAACCAGGAAAACUGUGAACACCAGAAUUAUUUGGAAUGUUAUUGUGUUGCAAGAAAAAAGCCAAUCAGGCAUGAGAAAACUGAACCACAAGCAAGAACAUUAAUUAGUUUGUGGUUUUGUGGCUAGUUCGCAUGUCCUGAUCUUUGCUGUGAUUGGUGGUAACACAAUAAACAUUCCUGAGAUAUUUCAAGUGUUCACGGUUGUCCUGGUCACACUGUAAUGAUGUCAGUAAUAAAUAGGCUUUUGUACAUUAUGCUUUUGCUUCCCCACUAAAAUGCUCCACCUUAAUUCUCCAUUUUUCCCACUAAAAUGCUCGGUCUCCCCAAAAAAGUCACUAAAAUGCUCGGAGAAUGCUCAUUAUACAAACGGUUCUUAAAUUAAUUUCAAAGUUUACACUUACAAAAACGUGCAAGUGUUGCAAGUAACAACGACAACGUGUACAAGUUAUAAAUACAGCCAAAAAAAACCAGCUGUAUUAGGUUUUUUGGGAAUUUUGAAUUUUAGUCUUCAUUUUGUUUAAAAAAGCAGGAGCUCAUGGGGCAUAGGCUCCUGAAAAAAGUUAAUUUCUAUUUUAUUUUCUCGGAAAAAUUAAUUUUCCGGGGAAAAUGCCACUAAAAUGCUCGAAUAAUGCUCCAUGCUUUUGCCUCACUAAAAUGCUCGAAAAAAUGCUAGCAUAAUGUACAAAAGCCUAAUAAUAAAUUAAGUAUAAUACAUUAUUAUACGGUUAAUUUCAUGACAAUACCUGUGACUGACAUUUUCUGAUUGAAUUUUCUCUGUCAUAUACAGUUGGUAACAAAGAUGAUGAUCCAGACAGAAAAGUUGUUGAAAGAGAGGAUGCAAUGAAGUUUGCAGAACAAAUGGGAAUUCAGGUGUUUGAAACAAGUGCAAAAGACAAUAAAAAUGUGGAAGAGGUAUGUACUUGAAAGAGCUGGAAAUCAUUAACGUGGAAUAGCUUGAGAACAUACCUUCCAGGGUUAUUUAUUCAUUAUUUUGAUGUUUACGUGGUGACAGAUCAUUUUUGAAUUUGUGAAUAGAUGUUAGAGGUCAAAAUUAAAUUCAGGUUGGAAUUUUUAAACAAAGGUUGAUUCUCAAUUUCCUUUGCCUUGGCUUGGAUACAAAGGAAAUUGAGAAAAAACCUAGGUUAAAAAUUUUAACCUGAACUGGGAAGAGAAGUCAUGAUGGCACAAGAACUAAAUUAUUGUGAAAUUAUGGGAUAAGUUGGCAUAUCCAGAAAGAACAAGAUGAAAAAUGUUCACUUACUACAAGGCAGCCUGUUAUUGCAAAUAGGUGGAGAGAUGUAAGCAAGGACUGUUAUGUGCUGAUGACUCCAUAUAAAUCCUGAAUGGCAGUUACAAUUAAUGUGAUUUCUUCUUUUCACUUGAAUGUAGUGCAAAAAAUUUUAAUGUGUAAAUUGUGAAUUAGAACUUUAGAAAAGAAGAGCAUUUUUGAAAACUUUGACCUUUUUGUUUUGCAGGUAUUCAAUGCAAUAACACACAUGGUUCUUAAGCAAAAGAAAGACAAACUAGCAAAAGCAAAUGAACAGUCUGGAGUUAUAAAGGUUAAAAAGGACAAACAAAAAAAGAGAGGAAAAUUCUGUUGA